CUUUAGUGAAGUUAAUUGGUGGGAAAUUGGAAACCGUAGCCCGCAUGAGAGUUGAGAUUUUAGAACUAAAACCCCGCGGUAGGGUUUAUACCGAUUCACACAAACCCUAAAUGCUUUCGUUCUCCCUUUCCGGUUUCCCUUCACUCCCACUCCGCAGAACAGAAGCAUAUCUAAGAGUAAGUGCAAGCUUUGGCAUUGACACCCCACAAGAGCCAAAUUCAACCAACCCUCAUGGUCAUGGCUCGGAUGCUAAACAUGAAGACGACUUUCGAAAGGGAAAGGGGAAGGGAAGUGGGAGAGUGAUUGGGGGUGGUGGUGGGGUUGUUAUUGGAAGGAAGAAGAAGAAGAAUGCGAAGGAGAAGGUUCAAUGGGUUUGCAGCAAUUGUGGGUACAGUGCAGGGCAAUGGUGGGGCGUGUGCCGCUCCUGCAGUGUGUCUGGCACCAUGAAAGAGGCCAGAUUCGGUGAUGAUUCUGAUAGUGUGGUUAGUGGGUUUUCAGUUUUGGAGGAUGGUGUGGGGUCUUGGCUCCCCCAACAGGAAGGUGAGAUGCGUCCCUUGAGAUUGGCAGAGGUUAACAGGGGACUUGAUCAUCACCAUUGGAGAAUUCCUUUGUCUGGUCCGUUUGGAGAUGAAGUUUCCAGAGUGCUUGGCGGUGGUCUCGUACCAGGCUCAUUGACUUUAAUUGGUGGUGAUCCUGGUGUUGGGAAGAGUACUCUGUUGUUGCAGAUAGCUGCAAUUAUUGCAGAAGGACACAAUGAUGGUGAAACAUCUCCAGUUGUAUAUGUCUCUGGUGAAGAGAGUGUUGAGCAAAUUGGUAACAGAGCAGACCGCCUUAGAAUCGAAUCGGAUAUUUAUUUAUAUUCAAGUAAUGAUGUUGAGGACAUAUUGAAGAAAGUUCAGUAUCUCUCCCCUGGGGCUCUAAUUGUUGAUUCAAUACAAACUGUUUAUUUAAAAGAAAUAAUGGGAAGUCCCGGAGGGAUUAUGCAGGUGAAAGAAUGUACUUCAGCUUUACUGCGAUUUGCGAAGAAGACAAACAUCCCUGUUCUUUUGAUUGGACAUGUGACAAAGUCUGGAGACAUAGCAGGGCCUCGUGUCUUGGAGCAUAUUGUUGACGUUGUUUUGUAUAUGGAAGGUGAGAAGUACUCUUCCCAUCGUAUGCUUCGAGCUGUGAAAAAUCGUUUUGGAUCCACCGAUGAGCUAGGAGUUUUUGAGAUGUCACAUUCAGGACUUCAGGCUGUUUCAAAUGCCAGUGAAAUGUUUCUCAGUGAACAGCACAUGGAUUCAGAAAUUUUAGCUGGACUAGCUGUUGCUGUAAUCAUGGAUGGGUCCCGGACAUUCCUUAUUGAAAUUCAGGCACUCUGUCUUUCUGGUUCAACAGGUUCAAGGCAAGUUAAUGGGAUCCAAGUAAAUAGAGCUGAUAUGAUCAUAUCUGUUCUUAUAAAGCAAGCAGGUCUUCGUCUCCGAGAACAUGCUGUGUUUUUGAAUGUUGUUAGUGGAUUGACACUGGCUGAGACUGCAGGAGAUCUUGCUAUAGCAGCAGCAAUUUGCAGCAGUUGCUUGGAAAUCCCUAUUCCAAAUGAUGUGGCAUUCAUUGGUGAAAUUGGCCUUGGUGGUGAGCUUCGCAUGGUUCCUAGAAUGGAGAAAAGGGUGUACACCGUUGCGAAAUUGGGUUUCAGAAUGUGUAUAGUACCCAAGGUGGCUGAAAAAGCUUUAGGAACUGAAGGUUUAGAAAAGAUGAAAGUUGUUGGUUGCAGGAAUCUGAAAGAGGUUAUUAACACUGUAUUCCCCAAUAUAAUGAGAAGGUAGUGAUUGGCCACAGACAGUAUAUUUGUGUUUUGCUUGUGCAGAUCUUUCAUAUUAAUCAUUUUUAUAUGUAAAUAUUUAGCUCGUACCAUAAGAUAUGUUACCAGUUAUUCCAAGUAUCUUUUCCCCACCUCUUUAUUCAUCAAAUUUGCAGAGCUUGAAUUGCAUAACCAGAAUUUAAGAAGACAAAAGUUUUCAUACUGUUAUCUGGCCUAUAUACUUUAUUCAAGCGAUAAAUGG